GGCGCUUCGCCGGGGUGCUGUGGCCUCUAGGCCUCUAGCGUAUCAAAGUCCGCGCGAAGGCAAUAGUAGGGAUCGAUGGUAGAUUCAGUUCGGCCCGGACGAUGCGAGAACGCCGCGGUCGACGGUACUCGGACGGUUGCCGUCGUCGCCGCCGCUACCGAUUGCGAGAAGUCGCCAGUACCGUAGACCUCCCAUGGUGGCGAUCACCACGUGUCACGCUGCCGCUGCGACGGCCGUCAUCCUGGGCGCGCCGGCGUCUGGCAAGGGCACCGUCUCCUCCAGAAUCGUCCAACAGUUCGGCGUCUCGCACAUCUCCAGCGUCGACAGGUUGCGCUUCCACGUGUCUGCCGGCACUGAUCAUAGGCAAAGAGAUAAAGAAGUACAUAGCCAGGGGUAGCUU